CGCGACACCACGCGACGAUGCGUGGCGACCGCGCCGCUCGCGACACGCGACACAACAAGGAUCACGACAACUUGAAAUCCUCACUUAAAAAGGGGAGUAAACCCAAAAAAAAUAGGGUCGUUUUCGACGAGAGCGCAAAUGAAUUUUUCGAAGCCGAUUAUAUUAUUGUUGUGCGAGAUGAGUGCGGAUACUCCGAUGAGGGCGAAGGUGAAGAGUGCUCAGGGUGCGGGUCAUGCGAGAGGUACCAGGAGCCGGAGCCCGGGGCCCUCAGCCCGCCGGAGGGGUAUAAGGAUAUGGGGCUGUUCAACCGCGACGGCACGCUGCGGGAGCAGGCCUGGUGGGAGGCGGGCGACGUGGUGCUGGUGGGUGAGCGCUCGGGCACGGUGUUCACGCCGCAGCACCUGCAGCUGUUACGGCGGCUGCAGCGCGAGCGGAUGCUGCGCUCCACCAUCUGUGCGGACUGCGACGCGCACGCCGCGCUCCACCAGCCGCUCGAAAUGGAAUAUGGCUACGAGGAGGAGGAGACGAGCGAUGUAGAGCGAGAGCGCGAGCUGCGACCGGUGGCGCGGCGCACGGGCAAGCACAUUGCCGCGGGUGAAGAGCGGCCAAGGAUCAACUCUAGCCAGCAGACCACGCCCACUGAAGAAAGCCCUCCAGACUUGUGCAUAGAAGAAAAGCGGACCGAAAUGCCGGUUGCAGCCGUGUUCACCAGUGAAGAAAGUGACACAGCGGAGACGGAGGGGCGCGGGUCGUGUGAGAGCUCGCCUCUCAGGCAGCGACGCGGGGGCAUCCUGAAAGGCGGGCGCCUCUGGAAGUCACUGGAUAUGGAUAAAGACACUAACGAACAGAAUGACGACCAGCGGUCGACGACGACAGCGAGUGACGAGGACGGGUCAGUGACCCCGCGGUCGGUGCGUUUCGUGGAGAGGCCCAAGGAGCCUUCAGAGGAGGCAGCCAAGAGUGACUCGGAGCCGCCGCCGUCUUCCGACACAGAGACUUCCUCUCCUAAGGAGUACAAUACCACCUCCACAUCCACACACAGACUGGAAACGCCGCUGAUCUUGACCCUGCAGGCGCCGAAGACGAACUCCGCAGUACAGCAGCUGUUCAAUAGUAGCCGACCACCUCCGCCUGCCAUCGAACCACAGCUUGUCACUUCUGAGACACUCAGGGCAUGGGAUGCCGUCAGACCGAAGGCAGAGGAGGCUGCAGUCAGACGCGUAGCAGAGAGGAACGCCCUCCGGUGUUCUCUGCUCCGCAGCGAAGCACGGAAGAAACAACAGCCCAAGCAAGAGACGACAUCGCUAGCGGAGCGCAUUCGCCUGUUAACCUGUGACGUAGAAGACGAACCGGAGGAGCAAAGGUCGUCUCCAGCUGGUGCUAGUGUCGACAAAUUCUCCUCCAGCAGCGACAAGAGCGACAAGUCGAGUGACAAGUCGUUCACAAGUGUUGACAAGAGCAACGAAAAGGCGUUUGGCAGUGCGUCGUCCAGUUCUUCGUCGUCCACGCUGUCAGCGCCCGUGCCGCCAAGACAACAGCCACCGGACCUAGGUGAUGUUCACCAGGAACCGCAGAAGCCGAGGGCAGAACCUCGUCGUCAGUUCCUGUCGACCUUGGCCCCACUAACAGCCUGCGUGGGCAGUGCGGCGCAUCACGAGGGCUUCUACUAUGUGCCGCCCGGAGACAGGACCUCUGCAUCAUCAGCCACCAACCUCGACCUGCAGGAGCAUAACGAUGCGCCUGCGCCUGAUGUCCUCGCCGGAACGCCAGUAGGUGCUGGUGAAGGUGACGAUGGGUUGGCGGCGUUCGCGCGCGCCGCGGCACCGAGGACCGAGAGACUCCGACAGAGAUACGGACAGGAGUCACAGCCGGCCAGCAGCGAUGACGAACACGACGACUAUGGUUUCCACCGACGUCCGGCAGUACGAGGGAUUGCAGUGAAGCAGCAACUGGGCGCAUCAGACGAGAUACUGCAACAGUUGCAGAACGAGUUACAGCCAUCACCGAGCACCACUACACCUGCGCCGGCGCAUGCCUGCCAGCGCACCAACUCCAACUACUCCUGGCCGUACUACUCUGAAGCUAAUUUAAAUUCAAGGCCGCAAAGUCGGGCCAGCGCCACUUCUAAUUGGUCCAAGUCAUCAGACUACGUGUCGGGCCGCCAGUGUGGCAGCACGCCGGUACCACAGCAGCACAGCGACGCGUGCUAUGCGCACGCGCAGAACAUGGCACAGUACGCGCACUACGCGCAGAGACAACAGGACAUGUACCGGAACUGCUCGCUGUAUGCAAAUGUCGGUUGCUCGGACAGCAGCCAGGAGCUGUACGGGUCACAAACAUCCUCAGAACAGACGUCGCCGGUGCGGUCGGCGCGCUGCCGCCGGCCCGAGUCUCCGCCCCCCAUCCGCAGCCACCACCAGCUGCUCUACGUGCCCUACUCCACACACUACCACUACCAGCACGACUACGGCGCGCACUGGACUACUACCGACUACGCCCGCAUGCACCCUUACUACCAGCAGCAGACACAGAGUCGGAGCGGUGCCAGCACGCCACAGCCCACCCCGGUACAGCCGCAGCGCGCGCAGUACACACACGCGCUGCAAAUUCAGACGCUAUGUCCCGCACCCGCUCGAUACAGACCAGUGCCCGCCCCGCAGCCGGGUGGUGGUAAGCAGAUGAUCUGUUACUCAGAAAAGGUAGCGGCGCCGUUGUAUCAGCCAGCACCAGGGUCGCCGUCACGGGCCGCCAGAGGAGCCCCAGAGGGCGCACCCUCCGGAGUGUCGGCCCCCACGGCCACGUCGCCGAUGGCCCCGCCACCAAACCCUGUCUACUACGCUAUGAAUGUCUGACGGGGGGACUAGGUGAAAAUCGUGGUGGGCCCGACAGGUGAGGUCCGAAUCAGUGUGAAACCGCCAGCUAACUCGGCCGAUAGCGGGGAGACGGACUGAUGUCCCGCCUGCUACCACACCGGUUGUAUCGGUUCGAUAUAUUAUGUCCCAAAGGUUCUUUGUCUCCGUUUUGCUUGAUGCCUUUGAGUUGGUCGCGGAAGGAACUGAAGUGCACGGCAGAGAUGUUUGUUUUAACCCGUCGAAUGUCUGUCAAAAGAUCAACUCUCUCUUGCCUAAAACGGUUAUUACAUUUGCCAAUACGUCCUGCUUGAUGCGUCAAGGUCACGGGCUCGGCGAUCGAAAUCGUGUAGAGUCUAUUAAUAAAUUGGUAGGCAUAACCACGAAUAGAGUCGAUUUUCCUAAUCUCGAUCCGCAAGCCAGUGACCUUGACGUAUCGGGCUGGAUAGAUUGGAUAUAGGUAUAAUAACCGCCAUAGCUGCGUCAAAACUCGCAUUAAAUUCUUUGUCAACUUUCCUCGACAAGGAAGGUUGUUCUUUGAUGGAUUAGUUAUGUGAUAAUGCGUGUUGGGAAUGUAUUUUUGUAAAAGUAUUGUAUGUGCUAGGCGUGGUAGGUAAGCGUUGUACAGUUAGGCACUGAAGGCGAGACAACCCAGGGAUGAUACAACAAGAUCACUGCACAGUCUUCGAAACUAGUUCGUACAAUAGCGACUCCAUUAUUAAUAUGUUUAUAAUUGUAAUACCUAGUAAACUUAGCACUGCCUCGUAAUCUGCGAAACACCAAAGCAAAAUGUUCAUUGUCUUUGUACCUAUCUGUAACGGAAUAGUUAGAUUGGCUGACUUGUUUAUAAUACAAGUACACCAAAGAUAUAGAUAUACACCAAAAAUAUCCAAAGAAAUGUUACAAUGCCAAAAAAAAUAUUAUAUUUUUCAUUUAAAUUAGUUAACUCAAAAUGUUUUUUAAAUAAGUAAGUUUAUCAACUAAAUUAACAUAAUAUAGCAUCACGCCUGUAUCCCCGAAGGAAUAGGCAGAGGUACACCUCUGCCUUCUACUAUACACGUAAUACUAUACAUAGUAUUACACCCAUUCGUCGCCAGCUAUAUUAUUAAUUAACUAAGGUAGGAUUUUCUUUAUUUAUUGUACAGAUAAAUGUAUGUUGUUUGUUGCCUAUAUUUUACGAUGUUGUCUUGUCACUACACUUUGUCUUAUAAAGAACAUAAUUAAUGCUGUGUACUAGAAAAUAGCCAUUAUUUUUAAGACAUUUCUAUUUGUUUGUAUCAUUAGCAAAAUAUUUUACUUGUAGAACAAUGUAUGCAAUUCUUACGUACUGUUUACACUACUAAUAGAUGAUUUGCCAUCAAGAUCAUGCUCCGUACAGUUUUAGAGGAACACAUAAGAAAAAUAUUAUAGUGGAGUGGAGUAACUAAAAAUAUUCAUAAAAGUAAACCGGUCGGUCUUUGUUCGAACAGUGUGUCUCAGGAGGCCUAAUAAACGUUUAUUAACAAAGUAGGUAAGCGUUUAGAUAGGAAAUAAAAUUUUAUUUCAACAUUCCUCGAUUCCUUGCUCGUAUCUAUCUAUUCACCCUAUAAAUACCCUUCAAAUAUAAAUUUUGAGUGCCAAAUUCACAGUAUUAUUGAAACUCCGGCUGUAUACGUAGAGUACCUACUAGGUAUUUUAAUUUGUUUUGUUAUAAUAUGUGUUUGCUGCCUAUACGUACAGUCGUCGUCUGCAUUGUGGUAGGUAGGUACCUUGUUUUUAAAUAAAGGCCUCAACAAUGUUAACUUAUAUACGUCGUAUAGGUACAAUAUGAGAUAAUUACAAAGUAAUUUUAUAGUAUAAUAAAACAUGUUAAUCUGGCGGUAAACCACCUCGAUUUUCAAAAUUUAUUUAAUCAUACUUAUCUUGUCGUUAUCAGACAAUAAAAAAAUAUUAUUUUAUGUUUGUAAGGUCGACUUGGUUUGUGCUUUCUGCUCGGUCUAGGAAUACAAAGUUUGUUUGUUUUAAAAAGUAAGUAUAUAAUUAUCCAGUGUAAAUUGAAAAAUUUGUACAUUCGUAAUUAGGUUUGCUUUAAUGCCAUAGGGCUAAUUGACUAACUUAAAAUAGAUAAAAACGAAACCGCACAACUGCAAGACCAAAAGGGAGACCAAUUUCGACCUCAUCCAUGAAAAAAAUGUUAUUUUUUGACAAUUCGUGUACAUGAUGUUACCAGACUCAGAAGAUACGAGCCGUGACGUGAGUGUGGUCAUCGUGAUAGAAGCUAGCAGUAAUUAGCCUCUCAAGUGACACACAUAAGACCAUCUAGUGUGUAGUUCACAUCAUUAUCAAUCACACUAAUAACAUUAUUAAUAUGAAUCUAGUCUCAGAGGCAUAAUUAUCGUACUAGCUUAAAGUAGGAUAGACUAUUAAAGUAAGAUAUUCCUGAAAUUCUUUUCUUAGUUGUUUAUUAUUAAGACGAUUUCGUCUAAGAUGUCUAAGGAAAGAAUUUUAGAUAUAAAGGGCGGGAAUUUUUAUUAUAUUGAUAAGAUGGACUUUUAUCUAUUAUUUAUACAUAAUAGGAUAAUCAAGUUUUGGAAAUGUGAAAUAAAUGUGUAAUAGAAAAUUUGGAAGCCAAUUAGUGUUAAGUGGUAGAGAUAAGAGUAACUUGUUAUAGGUAGUAGGUACCUACUUAUGUGUACCUAUCUAUCUAUUCAUUUCAUUAUCUUUUUCGACAUGAUAUUAUAUAAAACAAGAUUUAGAUCGCAUUAAGGAGCGAUGACAUCGAAAAAUAAUAUUUAAUUAAAUGACCUUGUUAUAUAAAUUACAUUAUUUAUAAUCAUUAAUGUAUUCAUGUCAUUUAUUAAGAUAAGUUAGGGACCUUUGGAGUAAUGUUCUAAGGGUAAAACAUAAAUACGAGUAUAUUGAAGCUUUUAGUGUUAGAUUAUUUCAGAACUUUACAGUUUUACUUAACAUAGGCUUACAUUACCUAAUAGUUACAUUACCUAACUUUUAAACUAGCAUUACUUUGUUUAUGAAUCAUUUCAUGGAGGGGUACCUUUAAGAAAUUACUCCAAUUAUUUAAAAAGUUUACUUUUUAAUAAAUCAAUUUCCCUUGUUUUGAUUCAUAGUUAAACUAUUUUUACCUUAUUUAGGUACCUACUUUUUUGCAAGUUGCAAGUUUUUUUUUGCGAUGUGAUAUUAUUAUACUUACCUACUCAGUUGUGUUACUGCAUAGCAGAUUGUUAUUAGUUUAUUUAUAUAUUAUACAUAAGCAUUUGUUAAAUUACGGUAAGCGACAUGUUUGCAGGUCACAUUUUUUUUAUUUUAAGCUAGUCGUAGUAAAAUGUACGUAAUUACGUUUAGCUUAAUUAUUUUGUCAUAAUAUACUAACCUAGUCUGUAUCUAUACUAACACUUUUCAACAUUUAAAUCGAACGAUGGUAAAUAGAUGUUUGUCUUAUAUGUAGGUACGUAUUUUGAUGGUUAUCUGGAUGUAAGUAACAUUUCUCUUCGCGCGGAUUUCCAGACACAAUAAUUUAGUUAAAUAACAAUAAGAUUUGGAUCAGGGCAUCUGGGCCUUAGGACCUUACAUAAAUAAAAACAUUCCCUCACUUAUAUAUAGGAUGUUAGUGACACCGUAACGAAUACUGAGGGGGACUAUUCUGGCCAUGAUUCCGAGUUGAUAACAAGUGGAAUUUCCUGUCGGAAAAAACAUGAAACUUUUAGUGUUUUUUUUUAUUAUUAUUUUCGGUUCCAUACUUUAGCGAUAGAAAAUUCCGUUUGAUAUCAACUCAGAAUUAAGAUCUAAAUCACCCAUCAAAGUUUUCGUUACGAUGUCACUAACACCCUGUAUAUUCUGAUAAUUAGGUACGUGUUAUUUUGACAGGCGACUUAUUUUACCAAAAUAGUAUAAUGUGAAAGUCAUAUGUUGGUACGUAUAAUAAUAAAAACGCAUAAUAUAUUGUUUUGAACGCGCGGUCUGUCUAAAAUAGGAAUAUUUACUACAUUGUGUAGGUAGAUAUUCAAUAACUAAUUAAAUAUUGGAAAGUAUCAUAACGACAGCGUAAUUGAUGCUUUUUAAAAAAAAUGUUUGCUCGAGAUAAGUCUCGAGAAUGGAAAUUUUAGUAUUAAAUGCGGGCAACCUAAUGUUAAGAACAAAGGGGUGUUGUGAGUAUUAUGUUAUAUAGGUCUAAAGAAUAAGAAAUUUUAGUCUCAUAAAAUUAAAAUAGUUCUGUAAAUGGAAGUCGGGUUUAUACUUUGCAAAAUUUUAAUAUAUUUAAAACUAUUAAAUACUUACAUGGUAACUAUUUGACGAAAUUGGUUAUUCGUGGAGCUCUAGUGAUGUUUAACGUUGCUACGAAGUGUAGUAAAUGGACACUAUCCAUUAUAAAUGGUAACUUUCAAAAAGUUUAGUCUGGUCUAGAAAACAUGUUAGUCUAAACGAGAUAUUUUUCCAACAACGUCUUUGCUGCCUACAUAGAUGUGACAGUGCUUUGAUAAGUACAGAAUGAGGCUUAUCGAAAUACUAUUCAUUGCUGCAGAACUUAUAUUCUGCUUGCUUAUUCGAACUGAAUCUAUCAGAUAGCUGGCAACGCACAGAUACUGAAAUUGUAAAGAUUUAACAUUUCUGCAUAAUUUAAAUUGUAACAAGUUAACCUUCCCAAUAAUAGAGGCUGAUGAAAAUUCAGUAAGUAUAAUAUUACAGUUCAGACAACAUAAAUCGCCCAGUAUAAAUUACUAAGCAAAUUAACGAGUAGUAUAUCGGUUCAUACAAUACAUAACCCAUUGACAGAUAAUGUUAUCAAAUCACUUAAAUAUAGAUAAGUAAAAAAUCCCAGUUUGGCCAAGUAGCUUUAGGAUCGGAGUUACGCGUGUUGUGAAACUUCAGUUACUUAUCGUUUGUAUAUUCUGUAGAAGGUACAAUGUCAACUUUAAAAUAUAUAUUAUAAUGCUUACUUGUAAAAUAAUAAAUUAAGUAAUUCAAAGUUUAAAACUAUUUCACGUUCGUUUGCGAGAGCCAAAUAUUUUAUGUCCUUUGAAUGUACAUAGUUCAUAGUGGUAAUAACAGAAGUACUUAGGUAGGUACGUUAUUUGAGUCCAGAACCUACCUGUGUUUGUCCUUUUUUGCGCCAUCAGUACCAAUCUAAGUUGUCGGUUUUCAAAUAGGCACUUUUGGCAACGGCGCAACGAGUGUGCUGGAUACCUUUGUAUGGUCGUCUACCAUACACACGGAACGUAACGAAAGACACUCAAAAUUACUUAACGAUGUGAAAGUAGCUAAGUAGGUACUUUACCUUACUUAUCGUUUCAUUCAAUGAAGAUACAACAGUCAAAACUUGCCGAAAAUUAUUGAUAGUAAAUUAGCGUUCAUAUAUUUAGAGUUGGUAUUUUAAAUUAAAUAAUAUUAUGUAAUAAUUUAAUAUUGUUUCAUAGUCAUAAUAUUCUGAAAGAGCAUGAUAUUUAAUAAGCAUUUAUUUUUAAGGCAUGCAGUUGUUACCUAUUAUUUGCUUUAAAAAAAUAACAAAAAAUAAUUUAAAAUAUCAUGCCGUUUCCGAAUAGGUACUCAAACCUUUAUUAGCUACAUAAUAAUUAUUUUCUCGAUAUAUAUUUUUAUUUAUUAGAUGCGAGUCUACUUAUUUGUACUUAGGAACUAAUUACUUAAAUUAAUAAAUCCAGAUAUAUAAUGAGUGUUAGGGCAAAAAAUUCGCCACAAAAUGUUUCAAAUUACCCAUGUACAAAUGUAUUUGUAGAUCGGUAAAAUAAUAAAGUACUUAUUGAAA